AUGUCGUUGAAACUAGUAACAGCAAUCUUAGCCUAUUUUCUAGUUCACAUCGUAGUUGGUGCAGCGGCUUCUGAUGAUGUUGGGUUCAUCUUUCAAGGAUUUCAAUCAUCAAAUUUAAGCCUGGAUGGAUUAGCCACAGUCACCAACAAUGGCCUCCUACGAAUAACCAACACCACCAAAUUUCGAACCGGGCAUGCCUUCUAUCCUAAUCCCAUAAACUUCAAGAGCACACAUAACAGUUCAGCUUUCUCCUUUUCCACCCAGUUUGUGUUUGCUAUAGUACCCGAAGUCUCACGCGUGAAUGGUCCUGGAAUAGCUUUCGUGAUUGCACCAACAAGAAACCUUACAGAAGUGGGUUUCUCACAGUUCCUAGGCCUCGUCGAUGGAAACACCGACGGGAAUCAAACAAAUCAUGUUUUUGCUGUGGAGCUUGACACUUUCCAACACCAAGAAGUUGAAGAUAUUAAUGCCAACCAUGUUGGUAUUGAUGUCAACUCGGUGAAGUCCAUCGUAUCCAGCCCAGCAAGUUACCACGCUAAUAACAAUAAUUCAUUUGACAACUUAACUCUUAGCAGCGGUCAGCGGAUGCAACUUUGGGUGGAAUACGACGGGGCGGACAGGAGAAUCAAUGUUACAUUAGCUCCAAUAGCGGCUGCCAAACCACAUACUCCUCUUUUGUCUUUGACAUAUGAUCUUUCGCCAAUUUUAAAGCAAACCAUGUAUGUUGGCUUUUCUGCAGCCUCUAGUCCACUCGACAUGGGAACAUCUCAGUUUGUACUUGGAUGGAGCUUCAGGGUCAAUGGUGUUGCACAAGCUCUUGAUCUGUCUCGGCUCCCCAAGCUACCUCGGUUUGGACCUAAGAAAGUGUCUAAAUUUUUCACCGUCGGAUUGCCCCUGAUUUGCAUACUUUUGUCAUUAACACUAACAUCUGGAGUAGCUUAUUAUUUGAGGAGGAAGUGGAAGUAUGCAGAAGUGCUGGAAGAAUGGGAGCUUGCUUAUGGACCUCACAGGUUCAAAUAUAAAGAUUUAUACGUUGCCACCAAGGGGUUUACAGAAAAACUGCUAUUGGGAGAAGGCGGAUUUGGCAGGGUCUACAAAGGCAUUUUGACAACAAACAAGGUUGAGGUUGCUGUCAAGAAGGUCUCUCAUCACGCAAGCCAGGGAAUGAAGGAAUUUGUUGCAGAAAUCGUCAGUAUUGGACGCUUAAGCCAUAGAAAUUUAGUGCCGCUCCUGGGUUAUUGUCGGCGUAAAGGAGAGUUACUUUUGGUAUAUGAAUUCAUGUCCAAGGGUAGUCUAGACAGUUUUCUGUUCAAACAACCAAAGCGUACCCUCAACUGGAGCGAAAGAUUUCGAGUCAUCAGAGGUGUGGCUUCAGGAUUACUCUAUCUACACGAAGAAUGGGAGCAAGUUGUGAUCCACCGAGAUGUAAAAGCCAGUAAUGUAUUGUUAGAUGAUGAACUGAAUGGAAGAUUAGGAGAUUUCGGCCUGGCAAGGCUAUACGAUCAUGGAACUCUACCUCAAACCACCCAUGUAGCGGGAUCUCUUGGCUACCUUGCCCCUGAGUAUAGCAGGACAGGGAAGGCCACAACGAGCACCGAUGUAUAUGCUUUUGGGGCCUUUUUGCUAGAGGUUGCCUGUGGAAGGAGGCCAAUAGAAACCCGUGCAGAGCCAGAAGAGAAUAUCAUUUUGGUAGAUUGGGUAUUUUCGUGCUGGAAAGCAGGAAAUAUUCUCCAGGCUGUUGAUCAAAAGUUGGGCACUGAGUAUGUGAAAGAGGAAGCAGAAAUGGUGUUGAAAUUAGGCUUAUUGUGCUCUCAUUCGCAACCAAAGAUUAGGCCAAGUAUGAGGCAAGUUUUGUUGUACCUGGAUGGAUCAGUUGCUCUGCCAGAUUUAUCUCCACUGGCCAUGGGCAUUUCCGCUUUCGGUCUUGGCUCCGCCCAACCUGCUGGCUUUGAAGAUAUCCCAUCGUCCUUUGCUACUUUUACAGACCAAUAUUUCUUACAUUCUGUAGCAGACUCUAUUCUCUCUGGUGGUCGGUAA